GACCUCAUGUGAACUAAGCAAUACUGAUGGUAUUUAUACACUUGACAUUAGUCUUCGUGCCUUGGUUUAAAAAGUUUGGAGGUCAGGGACGUGUUUUCAGAAGAGAACCAGGAAGUGACACAUUUCCAGGUUUAUUUUUCUUAUUGGUGGUAAAGGAUAAAAAGUAAAAUAAUAUGACGAAUCCAAGCAAGAUACUCAUCAAAGGGGGGAAAGUUGUCAAUGAAUACGGUUCCGUUAUUUCCGAUGUGUACAUUGAAGAUGGAUUAAUUCAUGAGGUCGGAUUAAACCUGAAAGUUCCUGGGAAAGUUACAGUCAUAGAUGCCACUGAUAAACUGGUUAUACCUGGAGGAAUCGAUACCCACACCCACAUGGAGCUAGCCUUCAUGGGAACCCGGGCAGUGGACGACUUCUACACGGGGACUAAGUCCGCCUUGGCUGGAGGCACUACUAUGAUUCUGGACUUUGUCAUGCCUGAGAAAGGCUCAUCUCUCCUGGAGGCGUACGACAAAUGGAGGAGCAAAGCUGAUGGGAAAGUGUGCUGUGAUUACUCCCUCCAUAUGGCUGUCACCUGGUGGAGCGACACGGUCAAACAGGAGAUGGAGACCCUGGCCAAAGAGAAAGGUGUAACCUCCUUCAAGAUGUUCAUGGCAUACAAGGAUGUUUAUAUGCUCCAGGAUCACGAAUUAUAUGCUGCCUUCUCUCAGUGUAAAGCGAUUGGUGGCAUAGCCCAAGUGCAUGCAGAAAACGGAGAUAUCAUAGCAGAGGGGGUCAAAAAGAUGCUGUCCCUGGGCAUCACGGGUCCUGAGGGCCACGAGCUCUGCCGACCAGAGGAUGUAGAGGCUGAGGCCACCCAGCGCGCCAUCACCCUCGCCCACUCUGUCAACUGCCCGCUCUACGUGGUCCACGUCAUGAGCAAAUCGGCCGCCAAAGUAGUCGCUGCCGCACGUAGGAACGGACGAGUGGUGUUCGGUGAGCCAAUUGCGGCUGGGCUGGGCAUUGAUGGCACUCACUACUGGCACCAUGACUGGGCCCAUGCUGCAGGUUUUGUCAUGGGCCCCCCACUGAGACCGGACCCCAGCACCCCGGGGUACCUAAUGGACCUGCUGGCCAAUGAUGACCUCAGUGUGACAGGCACUGAUAACUGCACCUUCUUAGUUUGCCAGAAGGCUCUCGGGAAAGACGACUUCACCAAAAUCCCCAAUGGAGUUAAUGGGGUGGAGGACAGAAUGUCUGUCAUAUGGGAGAAGGGUGUGCAUAAUGGGAAAAUGGAUGAAAACCGAUUUGUCGCCGUCACCAGCAGCAAUGCAGCGAAAAUCUUUAACCUUUAUCCUCGCAAAGGGAGGAUUGCAAAGGGAUCGGAUGCUGACCUGGUCGUGUGGGACCCUAAGGCCACAAGCAGAGGGCAGUCAAGAACAACAAAAUUCUGGAAGAAAUCUAGGCUAGGUCCCUGGAGGUUGGUGAAGAAACUGCUGAUGUGGGAUCAGCAAGGAGAACAGACUCCAGCAAAUUCACAGGAAAUCAAAGUUAAUCUUAAAGCUCUUGUGUAAGCAGAGCUCUAAAUAUGUGAAUAUUUCUCAUUUUAUGUAUGCAAAACCACCCCCGUUUUACCAGUAUGUCUCUAUGCAUAUACAGUAUAUAUAAAAUGGUUCAUGGUAAGCUUUGGUUUCAAACAUAUUAGACAAUGCUUCAGGAGAAGGAGUGUGGCUGUGUGUCUUCUCGCAUGCCAGUCGCAUCCUACCAUUCCUCUGCAGUAUGACGGUUUGCCUUGAAGCACUUCCUGUUUGGUGUUUUUAUUAAUGCAGCUGUAAAAGCGUAUUAUUUUCAUAUUAAUCACCCUCAAGUCUUUAAGUCAGUUCUGUGUCCCAAAACAUUAUGUAGAACUCGGACUGCUACUGCUACAUAGUUUUAUUGGUGCUUCUGUAAUGCUUGACGCUCUCAAAAGCAGUCAUCUUGUAAUGUUAUUUAUAAAAAUGGAAUUUAUCAUAAGUUGAUUACUGUAAUAUGAUUACUGUAAUAUGCUGUAACUAGAGAUAUAAACUCAGUGAGCACUUUAUUAGGUAUUUAUUAGACUUAUUUUUAGACUUAAGUCUUCUGCUGCUGUAGCCUAUCCACUUAGAGGUUUGACGCAUUGUGUGUUCAGAGAUGCUCUUCUGCAUACCACUGUUGUAAUGCAUGACUGUUUGCGUUACGGUCACCUUCCUGUCAGCUUUGACCAGCCUGGCCCUUCUCCUGUGACCUCUCUCAUUAACAACAUGUUUCUGCCCACAAAACUGCUGCUCAGUGGAUGUUUAUUAGUUUUUUUGCACCAUUCUCUGCAAACUAUAGAGACUGUUGUGUGCGAAAAUCCAACAAGAUCAUCAGUUUGAGAUACUCAAUCCACUCUGUCUGGCAACAGCAAUCAUUUCACGGUCAAAGUCACGUAGAUCACAGUUCUUCCUCAUUCUGACAUUUGUUCUGAAACAGCUGAACCACUUGACCACAUCUCCCUGCUUUUAUGCAUUUAGUUUCUGUCACAUGAUUGGUGCAUUAAUAAGCUGGCGUACACGUCUACCUAAUAAAGUGAUCACCGAGUGUAAAUGAACAUCCAAAUAUUGAAUACUCAUUUGAACUUUAUACCCUGAAUGACAAAUAAUCAAUGUUUAAUUAAUUUUGAUAGUUUUAACAUCAGAAUGGAAAAGGAAUUGUCACGUGAAACACACAAAAACAAAAACAAUUUUAUUUUGAUCCAAAAUUGAGCUUGGCUAACAUUAUAUAACAUAAAUGUUUAUGUUAGCUUGUCUCCAAUCAAGGUGAAGCGCAAUCAGAAUAAUUUGAGUUCCCAUUCACACAUAGAAAGUACAAGUAUUAUACUGUAUGGGUGGAACAACUAGUAUGCAUAAUUAUAUGAAAGCAAAGCAUCCUACUAUUGCCAGCAUAGAUACGGAGCAAACUCAGCAGUAAUCUUUGUAAUAUGAUUGCUAAAGAUGUGUGAAAUUUCAUGUGGUAACAGUCCUAAUUUAAUAAACAUUUAAUUAUCUGACAUUUCAUUGAUCUGAAGUUUAGCCUACUUUCUGCUUGAUAUAAAAAAAAAAGAUGCACCCAUAUAUUUAAGAUUGAAAUUAAAUUAUGGUGCACUUCAGUAAUUAAUAACAAAUAAAUAAAAACAUUAAAUGAUACGGUUGUUUUUUGAUAUUCUUCACUCUGUGUUAAGGACAUUACAUGACAUUACAUUGCAUUACAUUAUUGGCAUUUGGUAGACGCUCUUAUCCAUAGCGACGUACAACAAAGUGCAUACCCAUAACCAGGGCUAAGUGCGCUGAAAGACCCUAGAGGGAAGUACAAUUUCAAUUGCUACCUGUACAACAAAGAUAAAUCAACAAAUAAACAAACAACAAAGCAAAAGUGACCAAACUUAACUAUCCAAAUACUGCUUACCUAGCCAACUAAAAAUACCAAAACACAAAGUAAAUCACAAAGACAACAAUUAAGGUUCACAGGGAUGUAGGGAGGGAUGGGGAGAGGUGCUGCUUGAAGAGGUGCGUCUUCAGUUUGCGCUUGAAGGUGGGGAGAGAUUCUACAGUUCUGACCUCAACGGGGAGUUCGUUCCACCACCGUGGAGCCAGAACAGACAGUAGUCCAUAGUAGUCAACCUUCUUGACCUCAUCUUCACAAGGAGCUGCACAACAACCAACCUCUCUGUAACACCACUCCAUAUAUCUGACCACUCCUUCAUCUCUUUCUCUCUUCCACUCUCCUCUAACACCCAUCCAUCUCUCCCACCAUCCACUGUCACCUGUCGACGGAACCUACGCCACCUGUCUUCCUCCACCCUCUCAUCUACAAUCCUCUCCUCCCUACCAUCUGCGGAGUCUUUCUCUCGACUG